AUGGAUACGGCAAGCACCCUGGCAGGCAUGGGUACCACAACGACGACGACAAAAGCCUCCGAGGCCUUCUCGCACUGGGCGGGGCCGCUUGCGGUCCUCGCAACCAUACCUAGAGUGGGGGAGGGGGAGGGGAACGGCGCGGCGGAGGAGCCGGAGCAGCAGCACCAGCAUGAUGCUGUCUUGGGCGCUGCCUUCCGGGCGGCGGUCGACGCGGCGGUGACCGCUUCGUUGGCGGAGGUGACCGCGACGGCAGAGGCGGCGAAGGAGGCGGCGGUUGCGGUGGCGUUGGCCGCUGUGAAUGAGGAGAAGGAGAAGGAGGAGGGGGAGGGCAAGAAGAAGGAGAAGGGGGAGGUGGAGGGCAAGAAGAAGGAGAAGGAGGCCGAGGAGGAGAAGAAGCGCGAGGAGAAGAGGCGCAAGGAGGAGGAGGAGCGGGAGAGGGAGAGGAAGAAGGAGCUCGAUGACCUCAAAAAGGAGGUCAAGAACCUCAAGGAGGUCUUGGCCGGUGAGAAGGUCUAUGACCUAAUGCCGCCGAUCAAGGAUCAGGUUGAAGAAGGAGGGGUAAGAUGGAUGACAGAAAGAGAAACACCAAAGCUGUGAGGCUAUGUGGAGUGGGGAACUUACUGUGAGAAGUAUAAACCGGUGAAGACUGGGUGGGAAUUGCCCCUAAGGAUACUGUAAUGGGGGGGGGGGGGAACUCAACAAACUAGAAAAACAGAGGCCCGAAAAGAAUAUGACAAAACUACAAGACAGGCAAACAACAAAACAAAACUUACUCCUUCUCGUCCUUCUUCUUCUUCGCGGCCCCCUGGGCCGCCUCCAUCUCCCCCAACUUCUCACACCCCCGCGACACCGAGUCUGCUAGUGACUCGAGGUCGUCCUCCAGAGGUCAAGCACAGAGGUUGAUUCUUCUGCCUUGCCCUUCAUUUUUCUUAAUUCUUCCUGGUUUUCACUUCGUCCCCUGGUCUGCUCAAGUGCGUUUGUUACCUCCCCCCUUUUC